GCACCCAGCCUCACGUACCAAGCUGAAUGCGCAUGCUCGGGCGUGAAGGUUGCAAGCUACGGUGGGCCCAUGCAGAUUACGAACUGCCAUUGCGUCGCAUGCCGUGCUGCAACCGGACACUCGCACGCCAUUUGGGCUGCGUACCCGCUCGCACGGACGGUUCUGACAAUUAGCAGCCCGCUGCGUGUUUUCCGACUCACCGAUGAGGGUGCCAACCGUUACUUCUGUGGAGGCUGCGGCUGCAGUGUGGCAAUGUUGUACCACCUAAAGUCUGUUUGGCCCGAAGCUCACACCGUUUGGCUGUCAAAGCACUUCGCGGAGCGGACGGGUAGCUGCGACGAGGUCCACAUCUUCAAUGAGAAUUCCCCAACUGAUCCUGACGCGCCUUGCGACGCAGAGCCCCUCCCUGCGGAGAAGUUUGCCAUGCCACCAGGGCCGCGGCAAGAUCAGGGCGCUGUCUUACCUGUGGCCCAGGGCGAGGAAGCAUGUCUGCGAAUCUUGAAUCCCCAGCCCGAUCUGCUUCCUCCUUCUGGGUGGCUGGCGGUGGAGCGUCCGGAGUGGCUGAAGAGCUUUUAG